AUGUCAAGGUCAUGUCAUGUCAAGAACAGAACGAUAGUGGUGAUUUUCAUUGUGGGAUAUCCAAGCGAUGCUGUUGAAUUGAAAAGUGUUUUAGAUGAGAGUGAGCUGCAUGAUGAUAUUCUGUUAACAACAAUCCGAGAAACAUAUUCAAAUCUUCCGUUGAAGACUCAUUCACUAUUUCAAUAUAAGGAAUAUUUUUGCAAAAAUGCGCUCUACUUGGCGAAAACCGAUGACGACGUGGUGAUUGAUACCGAUCGAUUGGUCAGUUCACUGGAUCGAUUCCGGGGUGAAAAUUCAAUUUUUGGGUAUCUCUAUGAGGGUGCUAUACCAAAAAGGAAUCCUCAAAACAAAUGGUAUGUUACUGUAGAGAGAUAUCAACGCAGCAAGUACCCUAACUACGUUGCUGGCGGUUUCUAUCUGGUCACAUCGGAUGCAGUUGGUAAAAUAUUAAGGAAUGUUAAUAAAACAUCGUGGAUUCAUAUUGAAGACUUACUCUUCACGGGUUUGAUUCCGUCACUGAGACUUCCUGGAUAUUGGCCUUGUGAUGCGAACAAUCAACCUUUCUUAAUAGCCGAGCAUGAUGACGGUCCAAUGGACGCUAAAAUAUUCGUGCAGAAAUACGAUCGUCUAAAGAAAAUCAAAUGCUCUAAAUUGCCGUUUAUGAUAUUUUCAUUAGUUUGUACCCAUUUGAAUAUUUGCUUUUGA